CAUGGCUUUUGUUUUUAUCUCUCCUCCUUUGUGUGUACAUAGGCUGCUCAAUAAAGCCCUUCAGUAAGAACCAUUAAGAAUCUGUCUUGUUCCGGAUUGGAGCCCCAACUCCCUGGCCUUCAGAGAUGGGAGGGGACUACAUGUGAGGCCAGCGCAGCGCCUGGUCAGCUCCAGGACCCGCCGAGCCCAGAGUAGCCCAGAGUAGCCCGAGCUCCACUUUCCUAGGCAGAUGGUUAAGUUCCUCCAGGUUCGUGCCAGGUUUCAACGUCAAGCUGUGAUUUUGUUCUUCUGGAACGGGAUGAGUGUUGCUUCCCAGAGAGGCCCUAUUAGAACAGAAAGAAAAUCCUCUAAAUAGGCGGAACAAGGCAUCGGGAGGGAAAGUUCUCUAAAUGCACUUUUAAUACGAGCCGGGUAUUGUGUGGAAUUCAGCGCCCAUCACCGUUUAGCCAGAGAGUUAUGGCAGUGAUUGGGGAUGAAUAGAGGAACAUAAUGGAUACAUGUGGCGUUUGCUCAUUAUAUUCAAGUUAGCCCAACUCCGCUGUGGAAACUGUUCAACUUUCUCUCCCCUUAGCUUGUCACAGUGAAAUAAUACAGACAUUGGUGCAUCCAAUGGGAUCGCCUGCCACGCCAUUCUAUUUCCACUGCUAACGAGGGCUUCAUAAGCCUUUGAUACAGUCUGAUCUUUGAAACCUUUCCAAAUCUCCUCAAGCUUAUGCUAAAUCCUAUUUGGAACUUUUUUUUCCUUGCCUGCUAGCGUCCAAGGCUUAAGAAAGCCAUUUGGACAGUGACAUGCAUACUAACAUACCGCAGGGCUCUUUUCUGAAAGGGAAGUAGCAGCUCUGAUCACCGGGGCUCACACGAGCAAAACACAAUUGUGUACGCAAAUCUGAAUAAAAUCGAUUUUCCCUUAUCCUUCAGGCUUCUUAAUCGAGAGGCUAUUCCGGGCGCCAGAGGAAGCUGUGAGAAGAAAGCAGAGCCUCACUCCGCAGAGCAAGCCUGUGGCUAAGAGGCUGCAAGAGUUUGGAAGCCUCGGAAACGCAAAAUGCAGAGCCUUUCCACAUUGAAGGGAUUGUCAGCUGCAGGCGGAGGAGCGGCGCGAGAGCGAGGCGGCCAUUGGCUGCCAGGCUCUGGUGAUUUGCAUAUCGUCGGCUAUAAAGAUGAAGGCUGCGCGCCACGGCGCAGCUCCUGUGAGAAGGGAGGGAGAGGCGCAGGUUGAGGGCGGGUCCGCGCGUCCUCAGAUCCUGUCAGAGCCGCCGAGGUGCAGCUCGCAGACUUCUCCCGCACAGGGCUAGCAAAGAGCGUGGUUCGGAAAGCCUGGCAUUCACUCCCAGACCUGCAAACCCGAGAAGACUCUGUUCUUUAGCCUUCCAGAAUAGCACUUAGGGCUGAAGGCAUGAGUCCCGUGAGGCAGGGGGGCAGCCCCUUCCUUUUCCCCUUGCAGCUCUUCAGCCUCUGCUGGGUGCUGUCACUGGCCCAGAGCAAGACAGUCCGAUACAGCACCUUCGAAGAGGAUGCCCCUGGCACCGUCAUCGGGACUCUAGCCGAGGACCUGCACAUGAAAGUGUCUGGAGACACAAGCUUCCGCCUGAUGAAGCAGUUCAACAGCUCUCUGCUCCGGGUUCGCGAGGGCGACGGGCAGCUGACCGUCGGGGACGCCGGCCUGGACCGUGAGCAGCUGUGUGGCCAGGCCCCGCAGUGCGUGCUGGCCUUCGACGUGGUCAGCUUCUCGCAGGAGCAGUUCCGGCUGGUGCACGUGGAGGUGGAGGUGAGGGACGUCAACGACCAUGCGCCGCGCUUCCCUAGAGCCCAAAUCCCCGUGGAGGUGUCCGAGGGUGCGGCCGUGGGCACGCGCAUCCCCCUGGAAGUGCCGGUGGAUGAGGACGUGGGAGCCAACGGGCUGCAGAGUGUGCGCCUGGCCGAGCCGCACAGCCCCUUCCGUGUGGAGCUGCAGACGCGCGCAGACGGCGCCCAGUGUGCGGAUCUGGUGCUGCUGCAGGAGCUGGACCGAGAAAGCCAGGCGGCCUACAGCCUGGAGCUGGUGGCCCAAGACGGCGGCCGUCCGCCACGCUCUGCCACCGUCGCCCUCAGCGUGCGCGUGCUGGACGCCAACGACCACAGCCCGGUCUUCCCGCAGGGCGCCGUGGCCGAGGUGGAGCUGGCGGAGGACGCGCCGGUGGGCUCCCUGCUUCUCGACCUGGACGCAGCAGAUCCCGACGAAGGCCCCAACGGAGACGUGGUAUUCUCUUUCGGCGCCCGCACACCGCCCGAGGCGCGCCGCCUCUUUCGGCUCGACCCGCGCUCAGGCCGCCUCACCCUGGCCGGGCCGGUGGACUAUGAGCGCCAGGACACCUAUGAGCUGGACAUCCGGGCGCAGGACCGGGGCCCCGGGCCCCGGUCCGCCACCUGCAAGGUCAUCGUGCGCAUCCGCGACGUCAAUGACAACGCGCCCGAUAUCUCCAUCACCCCGCUGGCUGCCCCCGGUGCACCAGCCGCCUCUCCCUUCGCAGCUGCCGCCGCCGCUGCUGCGCUCGGGGUAGCGGAUGCGACUUCUUCAGCAGGGCCGGGAACGUCAGAAGCUGGCGCCACCUCUUUGGUGCCCGAGGGGGCGGCACGCGAGAGCCUGGUAGCGCUGGUCAGUACCUCGGACAGGGACUCCGGCGCCAACGGGCAAGUGCGUUGCGCCCUCUACGGGCACGAACACUUCCGGCUGCAACCCGCCUAUGCUGGCAGCUACCUGGUGGUGACCGCGGCGUCGCUGGACCGCGAGCGCAUUGCUGAGUACAACCUGACCCUGGUGGCUGAGGACCGCGGCGCGCCCCCACUGCGCACGGUGAGGCCCUACACGGUGCGCGUGGGCGACGAGAACGACAAUGCCCCGCUCUUCACUAGGUCAGUCUACGAGGUGUCGGUGCGCGAGAACAACCCGCCGGGCGCCUACCUGGCCACGGUGGCCGCCCGGGACCCGGACCUGGGCCGCAAUGGUCAGGUCACCUACCGCCUGCUGGAGGCCGAAGUAGGCCGAGCUGGGGGCGCAGUGUCCACCUAUGUCUCCGUUGACCCUGCUACGGGAGCCAUCUAUGCGCUGCGCAGCUUCGAUUAUGAGACUCUACGCCAACUCCAUGUUUGCAUCCAAGCUAGCGACGGUGGCUCCCCUCAGCUUUCCAGCAGCGCCCUGGUGCAAGUGAGGGUACUGGACCAGAACGACCACGCGCCAGUCCUGGUACAUCCGGCGCCGGCCAAUGGUUCCCUAGAAGUGGCGGUCCCAGGGCGCACAGCAAGAGACACGACCGUGGCGAGAGUGCAGGCCCGAGACGCAGACGAGGGCGCCAACGGGGAACUGGUCUUCGACUUGCAGCAACAGGAGCCGCGCGAAGCCUUCGCCAUCGGCCGCCGCACGGGGGAGAUCGUGCUCACUGGCGACCUCUCCCAGGAGCCGCCGGGCCAAGUAUUCAAGGCGCUGCUGGUCAUAUCCGACGGCGGCCGUCCCCCUCUCACCACCACCGCAACUGUGAGCUUCAUAGUAACAGCAGGCGGCGGGCGCGGGCCGGCUGCGACUGCCGGUGCAGGAAGCCCGGAGCGCGCCCGCCCGCCUGGCUCUCGGCUGGGGACUUCUGGGUCGGCACUACAGUGGGACACUCCGCUGAUCGUCAUCAUCGUGUUGGCCGGGAGCUGCACGCUGCUGCUGGCCGCCAUCAUCGCCAUCGCCACCACCUGCAACCGCCGCAAGAAGGAGGUGCGCAAAGGGGGGGCCCUCCGGGAAGAGCUGCCCGGGGCGGCGGGCGGCGGAUCCUCGGCUCCCGGCUCCCCGGAGGAAGCUGCCCGGGGAGCCGGGCCCAGGCCCAACAUGUUCGACGUGCUCACCUUCCCUGGCAGCGGCAAAGCGCCAUUUGGCAGCCCCGCGGCCGACGCGCCCCCGCCCGCGGUCGCAGCGGCCGAAGUGCCGGGCUCAGAGGGCGGCAGCGCCACUGGCGAAAGCGCCUGUCACUUCGAGGGGCAGCAGCGGCUCCGCGGCGCGCAUGCCGAGCCUUACGGUGCCUCCCCGGGUUUUGGGAAGGAGCCGGCGCCCCCUGUGGCGGUCUGGAAAGGACACUCUUUCAACACCAUCUCUGGCCGAGAAGCAGAGAAGUUCAGUGGCAAAGAUAGCGGCAAAGGGGACAGUGAUUUCAACGACAGUGAUUCCGACAUCAGCGGGGACGCUCUGAAAAAGGAUCUCAUCAACCACAUGCAGAGUGGAUUAUGGGCGUGCACCGCUGAGUGUAAGAUCCUGGGCCACUCUGACCGCUGCUGGAGCCCGUCCUGCGGGGGGCCCAACGGGCAUCCCUCACCACAUCCACCAGCUCAGAUGUCAACCUUUUGUAAGAGCACGUCCUUGCCUCGGGAUCCUCUGCGCAGGGACAAUUACUACCAGGCCCAGCUGCCCAAGACAGUGGGGCUACAGAGUGUCUAUGAGAAAGUGCUGCACAGAGACUAUGACAGGACAGUAACGCUGCUUUCCCCUCCCCGUCCAGGCAGGCUCCCAGACCUGCAGGAGAUCGGGGUACCCCUCUACCAGUCUCCACCUGGCAGGUACCUGUCCCCAAAGAAGGGAGCUAAUGAAAAUCUGUAAUCCCAUGCUGCAUGUCUUCACACAUACACAGCUCACUCCGAGAAGCCCCUAAGUUAUUGACUGGUUUCAGUGUUGUAUAUAUAAAUAUGCAAGAUGUGCCUUAAAAUGAAGUUGUUGGAAGCUUUUUCCAAUCACAUUGGUACUGUUUGGUAUUUGCAAAUAAAAAUGUAGUUAAUGUAAUUUUUAUGAAAUGUGUCCAGUAUUUAAUUUUUCUUAUCACGCUUUUGACUUUAAUUUCACUUGCAGCUUGCCAUUUUCUUAGUGUUUUUAACCUGUACAUUGUGUAAUGUAAUGUUUGUAUAUAAUGAAAUUUUGUUAUAUUUUUAUAUGAUAAAAGCUAAAGUGGAAGUUACUGCCAAAGGAACUGUCUUUAAGACAAAAAAGAAAAAAUGUUGGAAUUACUUAAUGGAAAUUUAUCUUUCACCUGAAACAAUCUAGUGUUUGAGAAAUUUUGCCUUGCCAAGUAUAACUUGUAUAUCUUGAGUCUGUGGUAGAAUUCAAGUUCAAUGUUAUUUAAUUACAUUUGGUUUUCUGUAAGCCAUGUCACCUAUAAAGCACAGUAAUAAAGGAUUUGUCAUGUGUUUGAAGAA